AUGCCAAAGCGCAUUCACAGUGCCAGUGAUCGUGAUGAUAAUAAUGAGUCAACCAGUACAUCAAAACGUACUCGGAAAGCAACUGAAUUAAAUAAUCUUUGUCAAGAAUAUUACGAUACGUUUCGAUCGUACAAAUCUGAAGAUGGUAGAAUUCUUUGUGAAAAUUUUAUUCGAUUACCAACCAAAAGGGCAAAUACUGAUUAUUAUACUUCAAUUAAAGAACCAAUUGAUUUAACUGAAAUUCAACAAAAAAUUCAUUCAGAUCAAUAUGAUUCAUUCGAACAAUUUCUUGAUGAUAUUGAAUUACUUAUAAAUAAUGCUAAAAAUUAUUAUCGAAAAAAUUCUAUGGAAUGGAAAGAUGCAAAUGAAUUAUCAAAAUAUUUUUAUUCAAAAACAAAAUCUCAAUCCAUCGAUUCUUAUUAUUUUGAAGAAUUUUUUACAGCAAUUUAUAAUACUCGAAUUGAUAAUCGUCCUAUAACGGACAUAUUUUUAUUUUUACCUUCACGAAAAAUUUAUCCUGAUUAUUAUUUAAUAGUAACAAAGCCAAUUGAUUUAAAAAUGAUUGCAAUGAAAAUUCAAAAUAAUGAAUAUUCAUUACUUGAUGAUAUGGAGAAUGAUUUAUUAUUAAUGAUUUCUAAUGCAAGAAAAUAUAAUGAUCCAAAAUCACAAAUUUAUAAAGAUACAUGUGCAUUAAAAAAAAUUAUUACUAGUGUUAAAAAUGAACUUGAUACAGCAUUAAAAACACCUAAUGAUCGAUUAAGACUUAGUAAACGUGAUGUUCUUCUAUCAUCGGAAGUAGCAAAUAUGGAAUAUCCAGAAGAACCUGAUGAUGAAGAAAUCAUUCAACAAACAAAUGAUGAUGCUGAUUCAGAAACAAGUUCACUUGGUGAUGAAGAAGAUUCAUAUAGAAUAUUAUAUAAUAGUAUUAGAAAUUAUAAACUUGGUGCUCAAAGUUUAAUUGAUCCAUUUAUGAAAUUACCUAAUAAAAGAUUUCAUCAUGAUUAUUAUGAAGAAAUAAAACGGCCAAUUGCAAUGUCUUUAAUUAAAAAUCAUAUAAAAAAAGGAAAAUAUACAGAUUUAGGUGAUCUUGUAGAUGAUUUAAAAUUAAUGUUUGAUAAUGCAAUGCAAUAUAAUCAAGAAGGAUCAUUAAUAUAUAAUAGUGCUAAAAAAUUACUAGAUGUUACUUUACUCAAAGCUCAUGAACUUGGUUAUGAUGAACAAAAACCACGAUUAAAAGAAGCUCGUGUUAACAUUCCAAUGAUUACAAUCAAAGAUGAAUAUUUAAUAGCAUCAAGUCCUCAAUCACCUAAUUUUCAACGAAAUCGAUCAUCAAAAAAACCUAUAAAAUCUACAGAACAAAAUAUUCAAUCAAUCUAUACUUUCAUUCGAGAAUAUCGAGAAAAUGAUAUUGGAUUAAUUGCACCAUUUUUAGAAUUACCAUCAGCUGAAGAAUAUCCUGAUUAUUAUGAAACAAUAGAACAACCUAUUGAUAUGUCAAUGAUAAAAGAUAAAAUGGAUAAAGGAAUUUAUAAACGUGAACAAGAUAUUAUUGAUGAUCUAAAUCGAAUGUUUAGUAAUGCUAAAGUUUAUAAUGUUGAUGAAUCUUAUAUAUUUAAAUAUGCUUCUCGUCUUGAACAAGCAUUAGCAAAUAAAUAUAAAACAAUAAUAAUUAAAAAAGAAAGAACAUCACAAUCAAAUCGAAUAUUAACUAAAAAGUAUUGUAGAAAAAAAAA